AUGGAAAAGGGGGAGUCGAAGAGAUUUGAUUUGAGGUCCCUAGGCCGCCCGAAGAAGCGAUCCGUAGCUCUUGGAUCGACCCCAUCCGGGAAUGCUGAGAAUGGCCUCCCUAAAUGCUAUGGCUUCGACAACAACCAAGGAAAGCGGCCUAUAUCGAGGAAAACCCAUCUCCCAGAUCCCUCUUUUGAUGUCAACAGACCUCCAGCUACCCCGGUUCCGCUGGAGGACGAGGGGGUCACAAAGCGCACGGAUGACAUUGACGAGAGCAGCGCAGGACCUGGCAACAAUAGCAUUAGCCCCGAUCGAGAGUUCAAGAAGGCAAGCCUGGAAUGUAUGCCGUCCGCCCUCUAA